AUGACAGCCGUCGCAUCACUUCGGGUCGUUGACCCUCUGGCUCAGCAAAUCAAAGAGAAAGCUGCAGUCAACGUCACCGAAGUCGACAUCAACAACACCGAUCGAUUUCUCGUCCACUCGCCAUACACGGAUCCGGAGCACUUGCUGGAUCUCGAGACCCUCGACGACGAGAACGCCCUACUCGCCAGGGCUUUGUCUCGCCUCGAAUGCCUCCGGGAAGACUACGCCACAGCCGACUACGUCGAGUCUUUCAACUGGCAAGACGUCAUGCGUGAACUCAAAAGCCUCGUCCAAAAGACGGGGAAGUCGUACAAGGAAACUUCCUUCUACAUUGUCGCGUUCCGCUCGCAAAUCCCACCCUCGACGGUUUACGGAGACCUCGGCAUUCUGGACAAGGCAGCACAUGCUGAGGCCAACCAAGUCGGAGGCUUUCUGAAAUACUGGUUCGGAAGCCCUGAUGUUGAGGGUAGAAACCUCGCAACGUGCGUUUGGAGAUCCAGACCCGACGCCGUCAAGGCCGGCCACGGUCCUGCCCACCGCAGAGCAAGCCGUGCCACUGCAUCCAUGUACUCGUUCUGGCGGAUUGAUCGACACCGCUUGGUUGUCCACGAGGGCGCAGAGAGCUGGGAGAUCGUCGACUGGACGGACUAA